AAUGUAAUUUACACAUGAUUUCUUUAAUUUAGGAGAAUGCUAUGUACAGAACAUUUGAAUUACUUAUGUGCAAUAUUAUUUCUUUUAAUCGAACUCAAAAUUCACUAUGGGAGUUUAUUAUUCUUUAAAUAAAGAAAAUGGUUAUAUUCAUAAUAAGAUUUUAAAAGGGAAAAUUAUUUCAAAUAUUCAUAUAAACAAACGUAAACGUUCUGGAUCACGGAAAUAUUCACAUAAAUCAAAUUCAUAUAUAAUUAAAGUGAUAAAUAUUACUGCCAAUAAUAAAAAUAUCUUAAACCAUAUGAAUACAAGUUCAGAAAGUAAAUCUAUAGAUAAAUCACAAAUUACUUUUAUUUCUUCAAUGAAUUCAAGAGGAUGUAUUUCACCUACUUUACCUAGACGAAAGUCACCAACACAUAUACAUGCCAAAAUCUUUAAUAGUUGUGUUCCACUAUCUGGUUUACGUCGAUCAUUAUCUCUUCCAAAACAGAACAGUUUAUCAAAUAAGAAUCAUUCUCCUGAAUCAAGAUUAGGAAUACCAGGAUCGAAAUGUUUGUCAAGAAACAAUUCAAAGUGUUCAGCAGUAGAGGGAAAUGCUUCACCGAUUGGUGUUGAACUUUCACUUCCUUCUGGUGGUUGUUCUAGAGACUUGUUGAUGAAGUGGAAGAGUGGUAAGCAUAGCCAGUCGUCUCGUGAUAAACGCGAUAAGGAGUUUGACUAUGGUCAAGAUAAUCUUGUAUUCGAGAACUGCUUGGAUUGUAUCGAUGAUCAAACGACAAAUACAACCAUUCUUUCCAGUGAUUACGCGUCUUCUAUGGAUGACUGUUCUUCUAUUUUUUAUGAUCCUAUAUUGGCUAAACUUGAAGCAGAAUUACCUGUUCCACCGCCUCCUCCACGUGCUUGCCCACCUUGGCUUAAAGCUGCUCUUGCAAAACAAGAAGCUUUAGGCAAAGAACCAAUACAAAAAUUUGAUUUUAAAGAUAGAUGCUGCGUAUCAUCCUCGUUACAAUUACCCACAUCUCAGUUAUCCCCUCUUCCAUCUGACUUGGAUCAACAUAAAGCUUUAAGCCUUGGAAAUAGCCGUUAUAAUGUUCGCAUUUAUCCAAUUAUACAAAAUGGGGUAAAAAUAAGUGAUACACACUACUGGCUUCUCGACCCCCCUCGAUCCAAAACGUUACGCGAUAAUUCUACACUUAUGCGUAGAACAACUGAUUGUUUUCGUGUUCCUCCAUCUUCACCACUGGAUAUUUAUUCUACAAUUGACGGUUACACAAACAUUGAAUCCACCAGUUUAUGUCCUCCAAACGAGUUACCACUCAAAGAUGUUAAAUUGAGACGUGGUAAAUCUGAAAAUUGUAAAGAUUCUUUAAAAAAUUUCCAUAGAGAAUUAGUUUUACGUUUAAUGAAAGAAGUUCCACAAGCUACUGAAUCUGAAUGUCAAGCUGUAUUAAUAGGUAGCAGUUAUGAUUAUGAAGAAGCUACAAGGAGAUUAAAAUUUGAAUUACUAUGCCGUAAAGGUUAUGUAUCUCGAUCACAUAGUAAACGUUUAUUACAUAAAUAUAAUUGGGAUUUAGAUGCAGCUAUUUCAAGAGCUCAUUAUGAAUAUGAAUAUCGAAAAUUAAAACGUCAAGAAAAAGAACAAAUACUAAUUGAUAAUGAAGAUCAAUUAUCAUAUUUUAAUCAAACUAAAAGUUGUAAUAAAUAUUUAACACAUUCAUCAACUUCAUCAGAUUCUUCUUUAUCAACUUUACCAUGUUCUGUUAAUCAUCAAUCAAUUAUUUCACCAUGGUAUGAUGAAGGUCGAAGAAGUAAUCUAUUUUAAUUGAAUAUUUUUCAACUCUGUGAAAUAUAAUAGUAUAGAUUAUUUUAACUUGACAAUUAUUCUGUAUUAAAAGAGUUUAUAUUUAAGAAUAUACAUACGGAUACAUACCUAUAGAUCAAUCAUAAUCAGAUUAAAGAAAAAUUUUCUGUUACCAAAGGUAAAUCAAAGUUUUAUUUUAUUUACAGUUUUUAUUUAUUUAUUCUGUAUCGAUCGAUUAAUUUGUUUCUUUCUCUCGUUCUCUCUCUCUCUCUCGUGUUACCGGUGUGUUCAUAUGUAUGGAUUAUAUAUAACAGAAGUGUCUUAAAUGAUUCGAUUGUUUGUUGUGUUUGUUUAUUUGGAGACAGGGUGGUUUGAUUGAGGUUGUUAUUAAAUUUACUUACCUUUGCAUAUAUAUAUAUUUAAGCAUUUACAAAAUGAUCAAUACAAAAAGAAAAAAAUAAUUUAUCUGUAUUAGUGAUUCGGUUUGUGAAAAAAGAACAAUUGUGCUAUAAGGUGAAUUCUCUUUAGUGUACACGUUAUUUAAAAUGAGCACACAUACAUACAAAUACAUAUAUAUACAUACAUACACAUAUAUAUCCUCUAAUUGUACAUAAACCCAAACACAAUACUUAUUUAGAUUGGUAAAUUAAAUCUAUUAAUAAAACGUCUAGUCAGUUAGUAUAUUUCUUCUCUUUACAAAGUGAAUUCAUUUUAUGUCUUCCACAUCUUCUUCUUCUUCUUCUUCUUCACUUUCUAUUCUCUUAACUUAUUUAUUUCUCAUCAUUUAAUCUAUCAUACAAUCAGUACUUUGUAAGAUUACAUUGGACUAUUAUACUUUGUACAAUGAACUUUUCUGUGUGCUGGCAUGCAAUAGUUAAUAGUAAUAUUAUUAUUAUUACUAUUAUUAUUUUAUAUUGCUUAUUACUCUUUUACUAUUACUACAACUUUUGAUUGUCCAUGUUACAUCAUCAUUAUCAUCGUCAUAAACAUCAUCAUCAUCAUCAUUGUUAUCAUCAUUUCAAUGAGUUUUCUCCUGAUCUCUCACUUUCUUUCUCUUUUUUUUUGUUUCUAAACAUUGAUAUUACUUAUUUUCAUUGAAUGUCAUGAUACAUAAUUAGUGGAUUAUAUUGUAAACGUUUUUGUAUAUGCGUUUGUACAUGUACAUGGAUAUAUAUAUACAUAUAUACAUAUAUAUUUGUAUGUAUGUAUAUGGCCUUAAUCCAUGUUAGUCUAUGUAAGAUAAACAUUAAGUUAUCUACUCGUUCAUUUGUGAAGGAAUCAGAAAAUCACAAAAACAAACCUUGUAUAUUAUUGAUUUGUUGUUGUUGUUGUUUUUUCUCGUUUUCGUUAGCGAAAUGUAGAAGCGGAGAAAAAAUGUUGUUUACUUGCCUUGG